AUGGUGCAGGUAGUGAGUACUGCAAUGUUAGAUUUCCUCCGGCUAGAAAGGCACGGCGCUAAUCUCAACGAUCCUCUUUGGAGCGCCUCAAGCAACGAGAAAUACUUGUUGCAGCAAUCUGUUGGUAGUUAUGGUGCUUACCUAGCUGAUGGUUCGGAAUACAGUGGUGAUUAUGGAGAUGCUAUGGAUUUGGAGUUCUUGAAGAAUUUUCAUCCUAGCGGUGAUUCUUUGUCCGAAUGUGUUGCGAUUGCUGAAUCAUUCGACAAAAUCGUUGCGGUUGGGAUCAAUUGUACCCCACCGAGAUUUAUCAGUGAUCUGAUUUUAUCCAUCAAGAAGGCACACUCGUUUUACCCAAAUAGUGGUGAAAGUUACGAUGCCGAUCGGAAGGAGUGGGUGCAAAAUACAGGGGUUUCGGAAAGGGACUUUGUUUCGUAUGUAAACAAAUGGUGUGAAGUUGGAUCAUCUCUCGUUGGAGUUUGCUGCAGAACAACUCCCCACAAGAUCGUUGGGGCAUUUGAUUCGAUCUUGUAUCACAUUCAUGAUCGACGAUGA